UCUUCCUUUAUAGCCAUCCUACUCGACAUUGCCGUUUCAACACCCACCUCCCAAGACUUGAUGCGGAGAUCAAAGUAGAAAAGGAGGGGAGAAAGGCAGAGGCGAACUUCCAAUUGUGUUCCUCUGUGUGUGGUGUGUGUGUGUCUCCUGAGAGGCAUUUGAUGGGAGGAUGACGAACAGAUUUAGCUCUGCCGGAGCCUUCGUCCCUUCCAUGACGUCCUUUGCUGGGAUGGAGGGCAGCAGCCGAAAGCACUAUACUUGGAAUUGGGAGACCAACUCCCACAACCUCCAAAACCAUGCAUUCUUCCCUUGCACGCCCUUCCUGGAUUCCCCGCCUCCUCUCGUCCCCACGAACAGCUUCCACUUCUUCUCGCCGCCGCCGCCAGAGUACCCGAUAGGACUUGUCAAGAUGGACGACGGUGGCAGCGGCUGCGGCCGAAUCGGGCUAAAUCUAGGCCACAGGACCUACUUCUCGUCCGGUGAUGCACUUGCAAUGGACCGGCUCUUGGCGAGGUCGAGCGGGAUGCACUCGUUGAGCAGCCAUCAGCCGCGGUGCCAGGCCGAGGGGUGCAAGACUGAUCUCUCCGGGGCGAAACACUACCAUCGCCGCCACAAAGUGUGCGAGCUCCACUCCAAGGCCACCGUCGUCGUCGUCGGGGGGUUGCAGCAGCGCUUCUGCCAGCAGUGCAGCAGGUUCCAUGUAUUGGCGGAGUUCGACAAGGCCAAGAGAAGCUGCAGGAAGCGGCUGGCUGACCACAACCGCCGGCGGAGGAAGCCUCAACUCCCACCAACAACCAUCACAUCACCCUCCAAGAAUACCACCACCGACGCCUCUGAGAAGUCCAAACAAGCCCAAAAGACCACCGGAAACAAUGCAGACACCACUUGUCCCACAAGUCUAAGCAACAAGGUUGAGGGACAGCAGUGUCAGAACAGAGGCAAUCUGCUGAGGAAUGCACCGGCUUUAUCUCUCGGAGGUGUUGCAGCAGAAGGAAGUACGGGGUCUCAACAGCCUUUCGUUAAAGUGGCUGAGAAGAAGGUCUCACAUCAGCGGCAGCAAUCUUCCCCCUCCUCCUCCCCUUCACCAUUCAACAAUACCUACUUGCACCACCCCCACCUCUUCAGCUCAGGCUCCCACGAGCCCUCCCAGAUCAGCCUCUUCCACCUCGGGCAGGCAUUGUUUGAGGUGGACUACAUGUGAUCAGCGGGGAAGUCCGGAAGCUGGAUGGAUCAGUUCCUCUUCCUCUCCUCCUCUUCUUACUGUUCUACUGAGAAUAAUGCUCCAGAGAUUUGAACUGCAAACGAUCCUUCUUGUGUUCCUUAACAUCUAUAUAUGCAAUCACACAUGCAUUUCCAACAGGUGAUGAUCAGAGUCUUCGCCUAUAAGUGAAUAGUAUUGUAGAAUUUA